CCCGCACAGUCCCACUACUUCGCGACAUGGCAGCGUCACUACGAGCUCCUUUGAAGGCUCAGCCCUGGUGGCAAGCCUCAACGUCAGCAUCGCGCUCGGUGAGCCGGCGCUGGGCAUCAACUGCGUGCGGCUCGGCCAGCAAGCGCCCCGAUCCAUCAUCGCUGCCCCCCAUCCACUAUUCACUCAUCCCGCACCAUGUCCCCUACGCACUUGGCCUGGCAUUGCAGGAGCGUCUCUACUCGCUGCGCGGCCAGCCCGAAGUUCUCCUGCUCCUCGAGCACAAGCCCGUCUACACCGAAGGCAGACGCGGGCACCGCAGCGAGAAUGAUGCCGAUGCGCCGCCCACUGUCGGGGGAGGGGAGCUCAGCGAGGAGCAGGUCAGGGAGCGAUUCGCGAGCAUAGGGGCAGACUAUCAUUUGACGCAGAGGGGUGGGUUGAUCACAUAUCAUGGUCCGGGACAGCUGAUUGGGUACCCGAUUGUGAAUCUGGGUUCGAUGGGGCUCUCCAGCCGCUGCUACAUUGAGGCCCUGCAAACGGCGAUUCGCUCCAUUCUCACAUCUCACUACCAGCUACCUCUCGUCGAGCCACCCGAGAACAACACUGGCGUCUGGUCGACCCCCUACCUCAAGAUAUGCAGCAUUGGCGUGCAAGUACGGCAUCGCAUCACCACGCAUGGAUUCGGCCUCAACGUCACUCGCGAGGUGGCGCCCUGGUUCCGGCGGAUCGUGGCGUGCGGCAUCAAGGGGCGCGGCAUGACUAGUAUUGAGGAGCAGUUGGAGGACGAGGGGAAGGAUGCGCGGGAGGUGAGCGUGAAGGAGGUCAUGCCGAAAGCUGUUCAGGCGCUGGGGCAGGCGCUGGGAAGGGAGAUGGUAGAGGCAGGCGAGGAGCUGCUCAGGUACGAGGGAGACGAACGAGGGGUAUUGAGCAGGGUCUGGGUCAAGGGAGAAGAGGUGACUGUGCCGACGGAGCCGUAACCAAGGUGCGGGGGCCAAGGGCAAUGAUAUCCGGAUGCAUGCUGCGUCGACGAGGAUAUGGCAGCAGCGAGGCCGGAAACCAGGAGUGGAGCUCAAUGAGAGCCUGUCUGC